AUGGGAAACAAUCAGAUCAGGGAGAGUCACUUCCAGCGUACGGACACGCCGGAAGCAACGCGAAAGGACGAAUUUGACAACAGUGAGAAGUAUAUCAGCAUCUCCAACAAAAUGGUCGAAAGACUGGUAGAGGACGCCACGUUGGCGGGAAAGGCGGCCGCUAAGGAGACCUCAGCACCGCGCGGCGACUAUAAAGAGAAGAUAUUUAUGGAAAAACUCGUGAUAACCGUGGACGACUUGAGGGAGACCGCGGCGCGGAUCGAGCUGCGCACCGCCAAUAUGGUGAGCGUCGCGCCGGUGUGUGCCGACUGCAAACAGAGGGUCAUCGAUUGCUACGAGCGCUAUCCGAACGAACAGCGUCUGCAGUGCUCUGAAGUCGUCGCUGCAUUCAGUCGCUGCGUGAAAGGCACGGCGGCCAGACGUCUCCGCGCGCGCACGCAGAAGGACGCGCGCGAGCACGCGAGGCGCGAGAGGAGAGUGGCACACGCCAGGGUCCACGAGCUCAGGGACCUCGCCCCGCCGCAGGAGGCGACUGGA